CGAUUCGAUUUUUUGUGACCUCGGGCUGUUCGAUCCACCGUGAUCUCAUAAUCUCCACCGACACAGGGUCUCAACGGCGACUAACGGGCCAUCGUUACCGACUGAUUCCAUCUGUUUCCCAGAUCCGGUUCCUUUGAUUUGGGUUCUCCUUCAAGAAUUGAUACACAAAUUUCAACAAUGCCAUAGUGCAAACUAUGGCGGCAACAAGGAAUAAA